AUGCAGCAAUGGCUGAAGAUAUCGUUACUCGUUUGCACAUUCGGCUUUCUCAAAGAAAUUCGACCCAGUGAACCAUUUAUCGUUGAUUAUCUUGCUGGACCAUGGCGCAAUCUAACGAUGGAUCAGAUCAUACAGGAGGCGUUCCCGAUCGGUACGUACUCCUAUCUGGCGCAGCUUGCCGUCAUCUUUCUGGUGACCGAUUUUUUGCGCUACAAACCGAUCAUCAUCGUGAACGGGGCAGCCGGUAUCAUCGUCUGGAGCAUGCUUACCUGGACCACUUCACUAACGGCGCUCAAGGUGCUGGAAAUAUUCUACGGCACGUAUUGUGCGGCCGAGGUAGCAUAUUUCAGCUACAUUUACGCCAAAGUUGACCGAGAACAUUAUCAAAAAGUGACCUCCCAUACACGGGCAGCCAUUUACAGUGGUCGGUUCUUUGCCGCAAGCUUGGCCCAGCUGCUGGUGCAUUUCGAGGCAAUGGACUACCGUCAGCUUAAUUAUCUGUCUGUUGCAGCACAGAUCAGUGCUACACUUUGGGCGCUAUUUUUACCAUCCGUUCCCACCAGCAUGUAUUUCCAUCGACGUGCCGUAUCCGAAGAGCAACCAGAUUCUACCACGAUCGAAUGCACCGUGGCCGACAACAAGCAAGCGAAGAUGGUGGAAGUUAUUGAGGAUGACCGAUCGGACGAUAGUAAACCACCGAGUACGGACCCCACCACCGCCACCCACCGUUUCCAACCUUCGUUCCGUUCGCGGCUGAAAGGAGCUUUCGUCCUCCUUUGGACACACUUCCGUAUCUCGUUUACCAAUCGCAGUGUGCUCCAGUGGAGCAUUUGGUAUGCGUUGGCAAUGGCUGGCUACAUACAAAUUCUAGCCUACGUGCAAGCGCUCUGGAGCUCCAUCGAUGAAACGCAGCCCGCCGUUUGGAACGGUGCGGUGGAAGCUGCGGUGACGCUGCUCGGUGCUAUCGUAUCACUGCUGGCUGGAUAUUUGCACAGCGGUUUCCUGAAACCUCGCACCAGCCUUCUCGCUCUCGCGUUGCUUUCGUUUGCUGCUGGCGGUGCAAUGCUGCUAGCCACUAACACGGGCAACCUGAUCGUGUCCUACAUCGGUUACAUGAUUUUCUGCGUGCUGUAUGCGUUUGCCAUCACCGUUGUAAGUGCGGAAAUUGCCAAAAACAUUUCGGACGAUUGCUUUGGGCUAGUGUUUGGUUUCAAUACGCUGGUAGCUUUAUCUCUACAAACGCUGCUCACGUUUUCGGUGACUGAUUCGGACGGUUGGUUUGCGCUGGAUGUAUUCGGCCAGUUUACUGUAUUCAGUAGCUACUUUCUGGUACUUGGCGGCAUUUACACAGCGUUUUUGGUAGCUGAACUUGUUGCCAGCAUAGUCCGACGUUCUAGACAGUAG